AUGUCCAUCUUCGUGACCUCGUCUAAACAGCAGCAGCCAAUGUUGCUGGCGGGGGUGGGCAUGAGAUACCCGGCUGGGACCUCUUCUGGCCAAGCCCAAGCGCCAGGAAGGGGCGAGGCAGAAAGCAGGAGCCCGGUGCAUCUCCACUCGAUGACUUGCCUCAGGACACGGUCUUGCGCCUCCUCGCUCAGAAAGCCCCACGCCAGAGGAAGCGCCCGAGACCCCGUUCCCGCGACGGAGGGAGAAGACAGCCGCCUACCCUCGGAGGAGCAGGGCCGCCAGGACGGGGAGCCACGACCAGCCGGGCAGGGAUCCGAUCAGCACCACGCAGGUCCCCCGUCCAUGCUCGGCGCUGGGCCCUGCGCCCUUCUGUGGGCCGUGUGCCUCGGCUCCUCAGGCAGGGAAAGAGAAAGGCGGUUGCUUUCGAAAAGCAUCACGGGAGAGGUAGUUUUCCAGCUGCUUCCCCAGCCAUCGGUUUCGACUACAGAGCGCGGCGCGGCGGCGUUUCUCAGGCCGGCGCUUUACAUCCGGAGAGGCUCGUGCUGCGCUUCCCAGGCAGGAAGCCGGGUUUCCCUCAGCGCCGAGCCUUUCUCGCUCUCCUUCCUCCCCCGCUCCGCUUCUGUCACUACGGGUCAUGGGCGGAGGCAAAACUCCUCCGUUUACGCGCCGCUUCUUUUGAAAGGGGCUGUGCUGCUUCGUUAG